CCUCUCUUUCGGUAUAAGUACCAGUUCCUCGAGCAGCAGCACUCAGUGUAUUUUAUAUUUUUCGCAAGACUUCCAUUAUAAAAGCAUUUGCGCUUCGCCAUUAAAUUGUCUUAAUUGCCUCUUGGUGUGUUUUUUAAGUGUUUUUGAACUCUACAUAAUCAUUUCCACGUUGAGGUCGCCAAAAGUACAAAGACUUUAAGGAGAUGCGGUCCAAAGAACCAUUCCAUCAUUUCUUUAAUUCGCGUACUUAACUCGUUUAGUGAAACGAAACACUUGGAUAUUUACGAAACAAUUGUCUCCUCUAACGAAGAAUCUUCCUCAACAAACAAAAAGAAAAAAAUUUCUUUCUCAAUUCGCCGGUUAAUUUAUUCCAUGCGAACCGAAAGGAUGAAGAAGUUGAAUAAAGUUGGUUUGGGUUUAAUGGUCGUGUUUGGAUACUUCUUGCACGUUGGUGAAUGUAUUAACAUCGACAGUCGUCUUACAAUCGUGAAAAGUGAUUGUUAUGAAAGAAUCGCAAUUGGACAAAAAAUCAACGAAAAAAAUGUAUCUAGAAAAGCUCAUUCAAAAACAUUUAUGGAAUGCCAAAUGGAAUGCACAAACGAUGGAGAGAAAUGUAAAUCAUUUAGUUAUGGUGUUGGUGUUAAAGGUAACUCAACAUGCGAGAUUAGCUCUACGGAAAUAAAACAAACUCCCACCAAAAAUCUUGAAGGAACAACCAUCGAAACAGAUUAUGAUUUAUACGUUAGAAAAGUUGAUUGUAAAUUUGUUUUCCAACCGGAAGUAGAUGCCAUUCAAACUGAACCGGAUCACACAACAGUCAAACUUCAUAGUGGCGAAAACACCGAAAAUUCAUAUUUACCUUCAUCUUCAAAAUUAAAAACGUCACCUAAUGUUCCACUUCCUUUUAAUGCCGAUUAUAAACCAAAACGUCGACCAGAAUCGUAUAAAAAACAACAUGAUUAUGGGGAAUUAGAACAUAGAUUAGGGAUAUUAGAAAAUAGAAAAAGUAACAGAAAACAAGAUGAUGUUGGUAAUUACGAUGAUGAAGCUAAUUUCGAUGGAUACAUUGGAGCGGUAUCUUAUAAUCAAUACGAUAAACCGGAAGUAUUAGAUAACAAAAAGAAAGAAGAAGCAAAAAAUAGAGUUCCUUAUGAUUAUAUUGGAUCGAAUGGGCCUCCGAGGGGAUAUGGAUACAGUAACGCUCCCGAAAAUAAACCAAAACCACUUAAACCAUUUGGAUUGGAUAAUCUUUACGAUUACACCCCGAAUUCGUAUGAUUACAAUAAAAAUAAACUUCCAUAUAGGCCAAAUCAAUUAAACAAACCUUACAAUAAUUUUAAUCGUCCAAAACCUAUUCAAAACGAUGGAUACGAUAAUUCCCCAAUAAACGAUUUUCCGAAUCUUAAUAGUGGUUCAAAUUUUGAGUCAAAUUUCCACGAUCCGGACAAUCCAAAUUAUCCGACGGGAUCUCAAAAUCACUUUCAAAACUUAGAUUCGGGAUAUGAAUUUAGCAAGCCCCAACAAAUGGUUAACGAUCAGAAUAAUUAUCACAAUAGUGAUAAAAAAAGGCCAUACUUUUCAAGUGUUAGACCAGUAAUGGAACAUGCAAUGGAUUAUGAAUCAAAUCCAAAACGACCAAACUUUGGCUUUUUGGGUGGUUUGUAUGAAUUAAACAACGGGGAAUACAAACCGUAUGGUAGUGGAGGAAAUUCACUGGGAUAUGUUUACAGCCCGAAAUAUCCGCAUCAAAAGCCAUCUCUGGAUGAAGAAUAUCGUCCACUUGGAGAACUUAUCGCAUCGUAUGUAACCGAAAUUCGAGACGUGUGUUUUAAAAGAGCUCUAGCUGGCAAAAGAAUAUCAAGAGCUUUCGUCCGUAAAAUAGUAUCCUGUGAAAGAGUAGAAGAUUGUCACCAAGAAUGUACAGAAGAGAAAAAAUUUAUUUGCGAAGGUUUCAAUUAUAGGUUGGAUUCUUCCGGACGUGGUAGAGGAGACUGCGAGCUUAUAGACUUACCUUUCGUCCUUUUGGACCCUCACAAAGACAUAAUAACAAAUCCGAAUUAUGAUUAUUAUGAAAAAGACAGAAAUAGUUACCAGAGAUGCAAAGAUCGUGAUAUACAACCAUUCAAACCUCCACAAAGUUAUCCUCAGCUACCUCCAUCUGGUGGGAUUCAAUUUGAUCAAGGAUCUUAUGGACAUGGAACUUAUGGACACGGAACUUAUGGACAAGGAUCUUAUGGUCAACAAUCUUAUGGACAAGGAUCUUAUGGCCAUGGAUCUUAUGGUGGAGGAAAUAAAGGAACACAUCGAUACGAUAGUUAUCCACGAGAACCUCCAAGACCAGGUUUUGUAUUCAGGUUGCCAUCGGGCGGGGAAGGAGGAGAUUUUCCACCUUAUAAUAGACGUAGUGGUGAGUACCGAUAUUGCCCUCCGUUCCUCAAGAAAAAGUAUAAUUGCAUUUUUCAUUUACCUCAGUGCUUAGAGUUAUCUUUAGGCUCCCUAAUCUACCCUAACAUAUACAAUAAAACACAUAUUUUGGCACAUAUUGACUGGACUAGUAAAUCAUCUUUAAAAAUCGUAGUAUUAUCUCAUCUCAUUACACAUAAAGAAAUUAAUUUGAUCAUCAAAAAGAUAUUAAUUAAUAUUUUAGACCCAUAUCCAAACGGAGAUAAACACCACACAUACACACACCCUCACAUUGAUAAUGAUUAUAAAUCGUACCUUCCACCACCAAAUACGUUAGAUAUUAAUAAAUACCACAAUAAAUACGAUGGUCGUGGCGAGUCUGGUUACGAUUAUAAUAGUUAUGGUCGAGGUAAACCACAUCCCGCGGUUGUUCAUUACGGUAUCGAUGAUAAACAACAUCCGGUACCCACUAAUUAUUUACCGAUACCUUUCGAUGGAAAUAAAAAACAUUGGAGUGAAUAUGGUGGGGGAAAUUAUAGAAGUGGUGGUUAUGGAAGUGGAACAUUUGGAAGUGGUGGUUUCAGUAAUGGAAGAUUUGGUAAUAACGGAGUUUCUGGAAGUGGUUAUCUUCCACCUAAAUCUCCAACAAGUGAUUAUUUACCUCCGGUUCUGCCAACAGUUAAACAUUAUGAAUACCCAUCCCAUACAAAUGAAUGUUCAUUAAGAUCGGCAACAGGUUACCGCCUCUACAAAAAAAUUGUUAAAAAAAUUUUAACCGUUUCAUCAAUAUAUGAUUGUGAGGAGGCUUGUUUUCAUGAAACCGAUUUUAUUUGUACAUCGUAUGCUUUUCGAUAUAUCGUCGGUUCUGGAAUUCCACCAAAUAAUUGUUACCUUAGCGAUCGUAAUUAUAAGGAGUUAGAUUAUUACACCGAUUUAGAACAAGAUAGAAAUUUCGAUAUUUACACUAUGCAUAAUAAAGAUAGAUGCUCUGGAUCAGUACCUCUUAAUAAAAUAUCAAAUGAAUGUUUUCUUCAUGUUCGAAGUGGGCAAAGAUUGGACGACACUUGCGUUAGAGAUUCAUUGUUUGUAAAAUCCUUUUUAGAUUGCCAAUUGGAAUGUUUAAAAUCAGAAAGAUUUUUGUGUAGAUCUUUCAGUUAUCGUUCUGGUUCUGCUGUUAUAGGUGGAAUAAGUGAAAACUGCCAAUUAUCAGAUGUUCCAUUUAGAGAAUUAAAUCCUCACAGAGAUUUGAUUUCAGACCCCGGUUUUGUACUUUACGAACGAGCGAGUUAUGGAUAUGGUUGUGAACUGGACCACGUUAAUGAUCAAUCUUUGUUUACUCAACCCAGUGUUGUUUCUGAAUCGGAUAAACUUUGUUAUAUUGGUUAUGGGUGGUCGGCAAAGUUACUUCCUUCUGCCGUUCGAAAAGCACUUCGAGUACCUACCGAAGAAGAAUGCCGAGCGGAAUGCACAAAAUUUCGAAUGGAAACUUCAUUUUGUUGCAUGUCUUUCAGUUAUAGUUCAGCACUUCAAAAUGGGCUGAAUUGUCUCUUAUCCGAUAUAGUUCAAAGAGAUCUUUUAGAAACCGUUGAUUUUGAGAAAGAUAGAGAUUUUUGGUUGUUUUCUUGGGAUACGUCAAAUCCUCAAUGUCAAUUUUCGGAGUAUUAUGAGCAAAGCGGUAAAGAUCGAAAUGAGAUAUCAUUAGGAGGAAUCACCUGGAGAAUUUAUAGCGUUGGUGGUUGGCCAUGUAAAAGAGGAACUUUAUGCAAAGAAAGCGCACUGGGAUUUUGGUUCUGCGAAUUAGAAGGUGGAAGUCCAAGUUCUUGGGAUUAUUGUUGUAGGCCAGGUCAUCAAUGUGGUUACUCAGAAGGAUAUGCUUACCAAUGGUGUUACGUAGGACCUUCUUUUACGCAAUGGAGAAAAUGUAAUGAUAAAUAUUACCCUUAUUUACCACCUUUACACGUUCGAACUCCUCUUCCAUCAAAACCCCCCACAACAUAUCUCCCGCCAAAAGAUUUUCCAUCAACUCCAAUUUUAUUAGAUCACGAUACAAAACCGCCAACUAUCUCAACAACAAUUUACCACAUACCACCAACGACUUCUAUAAUAGAUCCGCAUGUCCCAACUCCAACACUUUUCUUAGAAGAACCAAAGAAAUCGUAUUUGCCCCCAUCGCAUAGAGAAUCAAGACCAUGGCAAACAUCAGGAAAACCUUUACUAUCAGAUUUAAGACCUCCUUAUAGGGUAGGAUUUAGACCAGAUCGUCCUAACGCAACACCACUAGAACCAGAACCCAAACCAAGUUUGAACGAGUACGAAAAUCAUUUUAACGACUUAUUUUUGGAUCCACCAAAACCAGGCGGAUUCGGACAAGCCAGACAUUGGCCCGUUUCUUAUUUACAUAAAGAAGGACCGCCUAACGCUACAAUUUCGAUUGAUAAUAAUUUUUCUUUGGGACGGAUGAAAGAAGCUAGGGAAAGUAAGUUAGAACCGAAAUUCGAAGCGAUCAAAAAUUUGAUUGAUGUGAUCAAAACGAAUGAUUUGGAAAAUGUUAAAUAUCAAAUUACGAAUGAUUCAAAUAAAGUUGACGAUGUUCUUCACGUUCAAAUUCCAUUACCUUCGAAUUUUACUGAUAUUUUGGAAAACGGCAAAGGUGGUGAACUAAUUGGAGAUAACAAUGAAAAGUUAUUGUCACCUAAAAAUAGCACAUCGAAUGAUAGGAAAAUAACUGAGAAUUUACCGGUUUAUCGAAGAAGUUACAUAAUGAAAACAAGUAAAACAGAUGCACGAAAAUGGAAAUUUCCAGAUAAUCAAUUCGGUUCUAUUAGAUAAUCAUUAAGAUAACAUUAUUACAACAUCUAAUAUAAGCAGUAUUACCAAGAUAGGAACGUUUCAAUUACCUCUACAUCUAAUCUAUUUAUAAGAAGAUUAAAUUUUAUCAUGUUGAUGCUUACAAAUAUUAUUUUAUACGUUAAUUAAACGCUUGUUUUUUAGCUUUUA